CUCGCGGGCGCAGCGCCUUGGAAACGGAGGGCGCAUCGGCAGCCGCGGAGCGGGUGGGCCUGGUCCGCGGGCCGGAUGCCGGUGCUACUUGCGGGUCCACUGCGGUGCAUCCGCACCUGGAAGCCGUCGAGGGGAGGUAUGCUUCCUACUAAUUAAGCAACACAAUGGAUAACACAGCAAAAGUAAAUAAAAAGGAUAUUCAAGAUGGGCCACACAAAGAAGUCAAAUUGCCUGCCAGUGAAGCACUUCUAGACUACCACUGUCAAAUAAAGGAAAAUGCAGUAGAACGAUUUAUGGCUCAAAUAAGGAGACUUAGAGAAAAGAAUCAAAAGUAUCAUGAAAGAAACAAACGUUUGAAGGAUGAACAGACUUGGCACAUAUGGAACCUACUAAAGGAGCUGAGUGAAGAGAAGUCAGACGGGUUACCACUUGUAACAAGAGAAGAUGUUGAAAAAGCAAUGAAGGAAAAAUGGAAGUUUGAAAGAUACCAGGAAGAAAACUUGAAAGACGGAAAAGCCACGGUGCUCCUGACCUGGACCCAGAGAUUCACGUGCGAUAUGCGCGUGCAACUAAAUAACUCUGAGAAACUAUUUCUUGAGAAACUCAGUGAAAAGGAAUACUGGGAAGAAUACAAGAAUGUAGGGAGUGAGCAACAUGCUAAACUCAUUACCUCCUUGCAGAAUGACAUCAAUACAGUUAAAGAAAAUACGGAGAAAAUGUCAGAACACUAUAAAGUCACUCUGGAAGAUGCUAGAAAGAGAAUAAUCAGAGAAACUUUGUUGCAACUGGAUCAAAAGAAGGAAUGGGCCACAAAGAAUGCCAUACGGUUCAUCGACAAGGGCAGCUACCGAGAGAUCUGGGAGAAUGACUGGCUGAAAAGAGAGAUUGCAAAUCACAGGAAGGAAGUUGAAGAAUUGGAAAAUACUAUUCAUGAACUGGAAGAAGAAAAUUUGGUGCUUAUUGAUCAACUAUUCAACUGUAGACUUGUGGAUCUCAAAAUACCCAGGCAACUAUAUCUUACUCAAGCUGCUGGACUGACAGCACCACCCAAAGCACCUAUGGAGCUGCCAGAAAUAUAUGAAGAAGUAAAAGGUAGAGACUUCAUGAGCUCAUCAGUGGAGAGCAGUGCUUCAUAUCUUAGUCAUGAGGAUGGUAUCGGAUAUGCCAAACACCUGAAGACAGAUGAAGAAAACAGCUCAUGUAUAGAGUUUGGGGCCUCUGGUAUGAAAUACUUACUAUAUGAGGAUGAGCAGGAUUUCAAGGAUUAUGUAAACCUGGGUCCCCUGCAAGUGAAGCUCAUGAGUGUGGAGAGCAAGAAGAUGCCCAUUCAUUUUCAAGAGAAAGAAAUUCCAGUCAAAUGCUAUGAAGAUGUCAGGAUCCCAGAAAGCCGCAUCACAUAUAAAAUGAUGAAGUCUUUUCUCUAAGACCAAACGCUGCAAAGUAAAAAUAACU